CCAACCACCCCCCUCCCACCCCCAAACAGAAAUGACACAGUAGCACACCUGCUUUGAAUAAGCCAGGGAUUGGUAGAAACUCAUCUGGCUCACAUCAGACGAGGGAAUUAGGCAGGACAGGAGCACGCAUUCUCACUCUAUGCAAAGGAUCUACACAGAAAGAGGUGGAAAAUCAAUGUCUCCAAAUGGAAGAAUGUGCUUUUUUGUCCUCAUUAUGGCCUGCACAGUCUUUGCUACUGUGUUUACAGCUGGGCCUGCAGAUGCGGCGUCUGCAGAUAAUAAUCCCUUCAUGGCUAAAAAAAUGAUGAUGAAAUGCUACAAUCAGGGAUACCCUUUGCCUAAGAUGACUCUGUUGAAAACCAUCUUCAAUAACAGUAACCCAUUAGAAGGAGGCCGAGCUGUUGACCAGUCCAACAACCUCCUGUCUACAUUUCUUCAAGUCCAGGAUUUGGUGACUGGGGUCACAAACAAAAACUCCCCGAAUGCACUCCCCAUGGAUGCUCCAGAGACCUGGGUGUGGAAUUGCAGUAACCUUCCAGCAGUAAUAAGGAUGAUAAAGAACUCUGUGGACCCAUCCUGCUGCUAUAUGAAAGCUUUCGUGGCCCCUAUGUCCUGGGCCAUGUUGAGAGCACAGCCUGAAAACUACUUCAAUUCCAGUGACUAUAAAACACUACUGUGGGCUGCCAAACCUGUGCUGGAAGACAUACCCUCAGCAAGAAUGAUGCUCCCCGCCAGGGUUGGCAAGGACAACAUGGGACCUAUGAUGAACAUGCUAACAGAAGUCUACACCGUCAUGACUGAGGAGCAGCGGGAUAAAGUGUUAAACUGGGCUAAAGAACAAGUCCUGCAGAACAACUUUAGCUGUACAAUGAGGCCAUCAUCUAGGCCAAGAUCAACAAUGUUGGAAAGCUGCAAACCGACUUUAGAGUGGCUGGACUCUGAGACGCUGACCAUGAUGGGGCCAUACCUCUCAAAUCUAAGGCCAGACGAUGUAGAUUCCUCUCCAAAAGAAACUCUGUGUGGAUUCUUCCUCUCAGGCCAGUUAAGGUCUAACAUGACAACCAAGAUGAACCCCAGCCUUGGCAGGAAGUUUCUUCAGAGAAUUAAGGAGUGCUCUAAUGUCUCAGAGCAAAUCGAUAAGCUUGGCCCUCUGGCUUGCUAUUACGAUGCUUCAAACUUGACUCCUAGCUCUAGCAAGAAGCUCCUCUCCCUGCUAGAUGACUGUGACCCUAACCCCACAAUAUUUGAGCUGAAGAAGCGUCUUGUGAACAGUGUGAUGACUGGUUCCAAUAAAUAUCAAGAGCUGCGUGACCUUGGCAGCAGCGUUACUCUGCUGUCACCCAAACAACUUUCAAAACUCACAACAGAAAAUCUCAAAAGUGUUCUUGAAAACUUGGAAACUGGUGUGAAAUGGUCCAGGAGCCAGCUGCGUGUUCUGGUUAAGAAUCAGCUGGGAGAGAAGAAGUGUGAUAAGCUUUCAGGUGAAAAGCUGAUGGAGCUUCAGUCAGUUGCAGCUGGUUUGCCAAGCUGCGUUUUAAAGAAUGUGAAGCCACAAGAUAUCCUGAGCAACACAGAAACCAUGAAGACCAUCUCAAAACAACUGAGAAAGGGGCAGCUGAAGACCACGCUGCAGGGGCUGAGUGAGAAUGUCCCUCCCUCCGAGCUGGUGCAGAAGUUGGAUGGCCCUUUACUUCGCAGUAUUUCUCUGAAGGCUCUAAAGAAAGCAAAUAUCAGCUCUUUAGAAGAAGUGGAAAAUAAAACCUGGAGUCUGCCACAGGCUGCCUAUUUGGCAAAGAAGAUGCAUGACCAAAAGCAGCUCCACUACAGGAGGCUGAAUUCUGUCUUCCAGGGCAUAACCUGCAACAUGAUUGAUCAAGUAAAUGACAGCUAUGUCCUGGAUAUGGCUCAGUCCAUAACAGAGACUCCACAGUGGCUUUCCAAAUUCCAGGCACAGUGUGCAGCAUGGAAGGUUUUUAAUACUUUGGAGAAGGAGAGGCCAGAUUAUUUCAAGAAUAUCACUGUGCUGGAGCUGGAAAGGAUUCCCACUGUGCUACUGAUUCAUCUGCUACCUUCAAAAAUAAAGGAAUUACCUCAGACUUUGUGCCCGGUCUUCCUCGGAAAGAUGGAAAUGGCCGACCUGACCUCCCUGCCUCCUCGUGCCCCAUCACGUCCUGCACUCACCGAGAGAGCUCUGCGUUGCCUGCUCAAUGGGAAGAAUAUCUCUGGGUUGACCAGUCCAGAUGUACCAAGGCUUGGCCCGCUCCUGUGCGAGAUGAAACCCUCCACACUUCGCCUUAUGGCCCCUGAAGUGUUGAAGUUCAGCCUCCAGGCCAUGGCUUCCUGCGAACACAUUCCUCAGCCUCACUGGACCGAUCUGAUCCAACUGGUCAACCAGGUGUUUGGGAGUCCCUCUGAUUGGCCAGCUGAGACCAUGGAAUCACUGGGUCCGCUUAUUCUGAUGGAUGACAAUGCCACCUCCUCUUUGCCUAAUAAACCUUGGAUGAAGGAUGUCCUUAUUUACCUGAAGCCACGCCUUACCCAAAUCUCAGAUGCACUGAGAAAGAAGAUCUUUGACCUCACCACCGACAUCACUGCAUCAAACGUAGCACGUAAAAGGCGAGCAGCUAUUGAAGAUCUCUCCAGCAACGGUACAGAACCUACAGUAGCAUUUGUUGAAGAGCUGGGCCUGGACAAUGUUUUCUGGACGGCAGCAAAUCUGGAACUGCUGUCAAACAGCACAUUCCUGGCUACUGUGGAAACGCUCGGGUCGGUCCCUGGUUACAGCUCCGACCAGCUGGACAGGCUCUAUAGAAAAGCAGUUGAGGUUUUUGGCCCAGUAGCAAACAUGACUGAAGAUGUUAUCGUUCAGCUGGGCUGUAUUACUCAAGGCUUCUCCAACUCUGAACUGGAAAAGCUUCCAUUUUCCCUGGACAGCCUGGAUGAAAUUGGCGCCUGUGGUUGGAGAGACUCACAGCAGUUAGCUUCCGUUUGGAAGGCUGUUGCUGAAUACAACAAUCUGACUGCAAAGCUGCUGGGAUCAGCAGAGAUGGUUCAGCUGAGCCGCUUCAUAUGUGGUCUGAGCUCCAAGGAAAUCAGUCAGCUCAGUGUGGCGGCCUUUAGUGAUGCAGUGGGCUCCCUGGAUGCUCCUCACUGUCCUGUCAAGGUAUUACAGGAGCUAAAAAAUGUUGCUAUAUCUGCAUUUGGAGAUCCCUGCAACUGGACCGAGGCUCAAGUUUCUGACCUGAACAACAUCAUUGCUGGUUUGAAUAAUACCGAAAUGGCUUCCCUGAGCCCCUCUGUCUUCCCCUUCAUCAGCAAGAGCAGCAUUUCCCAAAUUCCUCCUGAAAACUUUGCUGCUCUCUCCGUUGUUCAGAUGUUGGCUCUCGGUCCCGACAAUGCUGCCAUGGUGACCAGUGAACAGCGAGAAGUGCUAACAGAGGAACAAUUGAGUGUUCUUGAGAAGGUGCGCACCGGUGAGAGCGAGGAGGGGAAACAGUCUCAGUCGACAGAGUCCGGAGCUCCUAUGCUGAACCUGGAAGGAAUCUCCACCUUCAUGAAGCCUAUUCUGGUUCUCCUUUUUGGAUUCCUUCUGCUUUAAAGACGGGUCUGUUCCAUCCUGGUGCAGAAACAGGAGUCAUCCUCACGAAGCACUUUUUCACUAUUUAAUGUGUGUCGACUGUAGUUAAGUCUUGGAUUAUUUAUACUGUGUGAUUUUAGAGCUGGGUUUUAAAUGCUUCUCACAAAAUGACUUUGUAAACUGUUUAAUGGUUAUAACUGAGCUUCAAAUAUAUGUUUAUUGUAAGAGGUUAUUUUGUUAAAAUGAAUGCUCUGUCUGGAAUGGAUCUACAGGAAAACUCCAUAUUCAUGAAGUCUUUUCGGUUUCUUUCUAUUGCAUCAAAUUUAUCCUAACCAAAACCCUCUGCUCUCUGAUUCUUCUAGAUUGUUCUUGUUUAUAUUUAAGAUUAGUAUCUUUUGGCUUUGUGAAUUUAAUGGUGUGGUUAUAGUGGGUUUUAUCAGCUAAGCAGUGUAUUAGCUAUGAAGUAUGAAAUAUUUCAUCAAAUGUAUAUUCUUAAGAGUAUAUUUAUUAGAUUGGAAGGGAAUAUUUGAUGUAACUUGAUAUUUUGUUUAGGAAAUUGUACAUAAAGUAAAUAGUAAAAGGUAAAGGAUAACAUUCAAUAAAGGUCACUUGUUAACUCAAAAAAAUAGAACAAAAUUUAACUGAAGACAGUUUUUAUUUUUAAGCAAUAAUGUUUAAAUUAGAAAGUAUUUUAGUGAUGUAAAUACAAAAAUCACACUGAGGAGUAGGUUUGAAGCAGAGUAAAUAUCCCAAGAACAUAAACAGAAACCAGACUGAUUCACUAAAUUAUGGAAAACAAAAACUGAAAUCUGUUAAUGGUGGUCGUGGUUAUGGCAGUCAGACAAGAUGGCCAAGCCAAGGUUUCUAUUCAGAAAUCCUGUUUUAUGUGAUUUCACACACUGAUGACAUCCAUCAGUUGCUCAAGAAUUAUUUUAAUGUUUAACACAGAACUAAAGAACAGUCCUCAACAUGCUAUUGGCUAAGAAAAGGAUAAAAAGAAAAAAGUUACAUGUAUUCUUGGCUUCCAGUGCUGUAAAGCAAAAUUCAUAGAAGUAUUUACUUGAGUAUCAAAUGUUCGUUUAAUUUUUCAGCCAAUGAGAGGACAGUUAAUUUUACAGAAAGUACAUUCAAUUCAGGUUUUCAUAGAUACAGUAGAUCAGUCAAACUAUUUGUGGACCCUAACUGUUGUUAGAUAAAAAAAAAAAAAUUCAAUAUGAAAAUUUAAAAUAUAAAUUAGUUUUGAUCUUGUACGUCACAGUUCAUCUAUACAGUAGAUUUUCCAAACAUUUUUGUUUCUGUAGAUAUUUUCAUCUGUGAUUUGCCAGAGCAGAACUUAACUUUUCAUUCAAAAUUUUUGACCUUCAAAACCUUUUAACAAAACCAUAUUGACGUGCAGCCUCACUGCUAUUUUGGCCCCUCGAACCUCUGAUUUGAGUUUGAAAGAGGACAUUGACACAUUUCUGUGGAAAAAGAUUACAAAACUCUUUAAAAUAAUCUAGUGUAAUAUAAUCCAAUCUGAAUUGACAUGUAAACAUAUAUACAUUUGGAAAUAAAGGUUAAAUUCCAAAUAAAGUAAAAAAAAAAAAAAAAAGCCUUUUGUUACAGAAAAUAACCUCAGAAAAGUGUUGUUUCAUGAUUUAUGGGAUAUACAGCUAAUUAAACAGUUUAACAUUUUCUAUUUAAACAAGCAAAAGGUAACAAACGGUCAGAGAAAUAUAGAAGACAGACAUUUUGGAGUUUUGGAAUUGAAAAUAAGUAGAAACCUGCUUUAAUACUCCAUGAAAGAUAAACCAGUUAGAAAUAAAACACUUAGAACAGAAGUCAAACAGCUGCAGUGAUUGUUAAGUUACACAUUUUAGAGAAGGCCUGCUGAUUCAUCUACUUAAAAUUCAACUCCGUAUCAACAAACGUAUGAAACUGUUUCUAUGAUCACAGCAUGACUGAGUUGAUGCAACAGUUUUCUGCAGGCACAUAAUUCAUGUAAACACGGUCACAGCACUGAGCAGGCGGUUCUAUCGGAUCAGUAUCGCCACAAAACAGUGAAAGUAAGCAGCAGAUCCUGAGAAUCAGAGGGUUAAUUAAGGCUUUUCACAAACAGCAGUUAUAUAAACUUUAAAAGAACAAUCUUUGGUUGAUUUAGUGCAUAGUUGCAGCCCCCCCUCACAUGCAUGACAGAAUUAAAAAGGCACAGACAAAUCAGCCGUUUCUUUUCUGUUACCCAUUCUAGGUGGUCUUCCCUGCAUUCCUUGCGAUAAUAAAAGCCAUCCCAUGAGUUCUGAA